UCCUCAUGUUUUACUUUUAGACACUUGUGAAUGCAGUGCACCAAAGCCAAGUAGGUGUUGACUCAUAUCUGGAGAUAAGUGUGUAUACACACACACACAUACACACAUGCAAUUGUGCACUUCUCAAAUAGUAUCUAACUAAACUUGGUAAACCAUAGAAUUACAAUGUUGCAUAUGAUAUACUGAAUGGGUAAUGCAUACAAAAUAAUGCAUUUUUUCUGUAUGCUGAAGGCAUAAAGAAGGCCCUGUAGAACAGGUUAACAGACUGAUUACAGUGAAGAAGGCUAGUUGAAGCAGGUUCAGGGUAAAGGAAAUACAAUACCCAGGCUGUACAAAUCAUCUGACGCGGGAAGAAAUGCAACUCCACAGAGUUGCCGUAGUCUUUCAGUAAAAUCAAACACAGUUACCAAAAGGGUUAUAUGGGACGAUCAAAGCUGGAAUGAUCUUGUUCAAUUACAUUUGUGAAUCUGAGAACAGUCUUCCCUCCUGCCCCCUAUUGGGGCCAAUGCUGCCUCCCGCCGAGCAUCUCCUGUGGCUGGGCCUGAGUCCAGCUGCCCGGAUUGGCGCAAGAUCUUCAUUUCCCCUCGCGCGGAAUCUUCGAGGCCUUUUCCCGCCAAAGCCCAAGCUUCCGCCCCUCGGCGACCAGGGCUCUGGCGGGACUGCGCAUGUGCGGAGCCCGGCGAGCGGAGAAACCCCCGGCGGCUCCACGAACGGCCAGCUAUGGCGGAGAUGGAAGCGAGCCUGUUGCGCCAGUGCCCGCUGCUUCUGCCUCAGAACCGGGCGAAAACCGUGUACGAAGGAUUCAUUUCGGUUCAGAUUAUUAUGUAGUUGGCAACUGAAAACAAUACUUAAUGGAUACCAUCAAAUAGUACAACAGAGAAUGCAGCACUCUCCUGAUCUAAUGAGCUUUCUGAUGGAGUUGAAGAUGGUUUUGGAAGUUGCUUUAAAGAAGAGACGGGAGUUGUGUCCACCACCACCUCCUCCCCAGUUCUACUCAAGCCUUAUUGAAGAGAUAAGAACUCUUGGUUGGGACAAACUUGUGUAUGUGGAUACUUGUCUCGGUACCAUCAAGUUAAAAGCUGAAGAUGCUUCUGGUAGGAAGCAUCUAAUUACUCUCAAGUUGAAGGCAAAGUACCCUGCAGAAUCACCAGAUUGUUUUGUGGAUUUUCCUGUUCCAUUUUCUGUUUCCUGGACACCACAGAGCUCCUUAGUAAGCAUUCAUGGUCAGUUUUCAGCAGCCUUAGAAUCACUGAAAACAUUCUGGGAUGUUAUGGAUGAAAUUGAUGAGAAGACUUGGGUACUUGAGCCAGAAAAACCUACACGGAGUGCAACAGCGCGCAGGAUUGCACUAGGGAAUAAUGCUUCAAUACAUAUAGAGGUUGACCCCAAGCAUCCUACUAUGCUUCCUGAGUGCUGCUUUCUUGGAGCUGACCAUGUGGUAAAACCUCUGGGAAUUAAGCUGAGCAGGAACAUACAUUUGUGGGAUCCAGAAAAUAGUCUGUUACAAAAUCUGAAAGAUGUUUUAGAAAUAGAUUUUCCAGCUCGCGCUAACCUGGAAAAAUCUGAUUUUUCUAUGGAUUGUGGGAUUUGUUAUGCCUAUCAACUUGAUGGUGCCAUUCCUGAUCAAGUGUGUGAUAAUUCCCAAUGCGCACAGCCUUUCCAUCAAAUAUGUUUAUAUGAGUGGUUGAGAGGACUAGUGACGAGUAGGCAGAGUUUUAACAUCAUAUUUGGUGAAUGCCCAUAUUGUAGUAAGCCAAUUACCUUGAAAAUGUCUGGGAGGAAAUCCUAAAAUAAGAAUCUAACACUUCUGUGAAGAACUGGCAACUGUAAAAAUUAUCAAAAAGAUUUUAUUUGA